AUGCAGUCUUUCUCUCUGCUGUCCGUGGCUCUGGUCUUUGGCCUGUCCGCUGCCGCCCCUUACCCUCUUUACAAUGAAACGAGCGGGCCUUCGGCCUCUGUAAAUAGCUCCGCCUUCAAUUCCACUAGACCGCCGUAUCUAGCAGCCUGCAGUCCUCUCACCGUCGAUAAUCCCACCACGUAUUGGCUGGAGGACAUCACUCACAACGGCUUGUCGUCCUAUCUCAGUGCUGGUUUGGGCGACUACAGUACGUUCCGGAAUGUAGUCAAGGACUUCGGUGCCGACAAAUCAGGCAAAACCGAUGCUUCGGUUGCGAUUCAGAAUGCCAUCAACGCUGGUCCGACCAAUGGCCCUCCGCGUUCUCAGAAGGACAACGGCUACGGCUCUACCGGCCAGCCUGCCGUGGUAUACCUCCCCGCUGGUACCUAUCUUCUGAACACCCCCCUCCAGUUUUUCAUAGGCACUAUGUUCGUCGGUGAUCCUAUCGAUCCCCCUGUCCUCAAGGUUGCUUCGAAUUUCAGCGACAGCCAUGCCAUCUACGCCAAGGAUCCCCGUUAUGGCGGCACCAUCAACUUCUACGUCGGCCUCAAGAAUGUCGUACUCGACUCAACUGCCGUUUCUGCCAAUCAAUCCAUUACGUUGCUGGACUGGACGGUCAGUCAGGCCACCCAGAUCACCAAUGUCGUCUUCAACAUGCCCAACAACACGGUUAGCCACAUCGGCAUGAGGAUUGGCGAAUGGCCCGGAGGCGAUGGAUACAACAGUAACCUUCUCAUCAAUGACCUUACUUUCAACGGAGGCUACAUCGGCAUCUGGGCCAGCGGUCAGCAAUGGCUCUUUAAGGGUAUCAAGUUCAACGGUUGCCGCAUUGGUGCCCAGCUCGGCGGUCACGAUAUUGUCCUCACAGGUAGCACAUUUGAAUACUGUGGCAUGGGCGUCAAUGCCAGCGACAUCGGCGGGUCUUUCGUUGUUAUCGACACCUCCACCACCAACAUCGGCACUUUCAUCCACUCUGUUGACACUUACAAACCCAACGGCAUCGUUCUAGAGAACAUCCAACAUGACGGCACUACAGUUGAGCUGAAUGGCCAGGUUCUUCUUUCUGGGAACGUCGAGGACACUUGGUUCCGUGGAAACGCUUAUCCCACUCCUGGAAGCGGCGCUCACUCCUGGAUCCCCGAUGGCCAGGCCGGCAAGACUCCGCGCACCUCUGCCCUUCUUGAUGGCACCAACUAUGUUGCAAUCGCUCCUCCAACGUACAAAGAAUACUCUGUCGACAAGUUUAUUAACAUCAAGGCCGUCGACGGUCUACCCGUCUACGGUGACGGAGAAACUGACGACACAGAGAACAUCAAUGCCAUCCUUGCACAGUACGCGGGUUGCUCCAUCAUCUAUUGGCCCGCUGGAACCUACAUCGUUACCGAUACCAUCACCAUUCCCGUUGGCACUCGCAUCUUCGGCGACGCCUUCGGCACCGCCAUCUCGGCGAAUGGCAGCAACUUCUGGAAUCCGGAUGAGCCCCGAGCCAUGGUCAAGGUCGGCAACAGCGGCGACGUCGGUGUGGCGCAGAUCAGCGACAUGCUCUUCACCGUUGCCGACGUGCUCCAGGGCUGCAAGCUCGUCGAGAUCAACAUGGCGGGCGAUGCACCGGGCGACGUCGGGCUGUGGAACACGCACUUCCGCAUCGGCGGCGCUAACGGCUCCAAGGUGCAGACCAACUGCCUCGCGUCGCCCGAGCAGUGCAAGGCCGCCUGGGGCUUGCUCCACCUGACCAACACAUCGUCGGCCUACAUCGAGAACAUGUGGGGCUGGACGGCGGACCAUGACCUCGAUGGGCCGUACGGCGAGCAGACCAUUGCCGUCGGCCGCGGCGCCCUUGUCGAGGCCACGCAGGGCACCUGGCUCGUUGGCACCGGCAUGGAGCACAACACGCUCUACCAGUACAACUUCUGGAACGCGCGCAACGUCUACGCUGCCAUGCAGCAGAGCGAGACCCCUUACUGGCAGGGACCCAACGGCUCGGCUGCCGCGCCCUACCCGUGGCAGGACAACCUGAUCGAGAGCGACCCGGACUUCGCGGGCUGCGACGGCGAUCCGUACUGCGGCGUGGCGUGGCUGGAGCGCAUGAACCAAGGGACGAGCGACCUGUUCCUGUACGGCGGCGCGCUGUGGGCCUUCUUCAACGGCGGCGUUGGCAAGGCUUGCACAGAGCACGGCGACAACUGCCAGCAGAGCGCCAUUGAGAUCAGCGAGGCUAAGCGCACGUAUCUUUACGGUACAAACGUCAAGGCUAUAGAACGUAUCAUCGUCAGUGACGGUGGCGCCGGGGUGGCGACCAGUGCGGACAGCAGCGGUGGUUGGGGCGGCGUCGUUGCUGCGUAUUUGUUCAACACUUAA